AGAAGAUUCAAGGAUGGCAGCUUCAGCAGUUUUGUACACUGGCAGGCAGCUUUGGAGGCCAGCCUUGUUGGCGUCCCGUUCGGUAAGACAACGGUUUCGACUGCGGGUGCGGACAUUGACCUUGUCCGAAGGUGCAGGCUGUAACAGAUGGCAGUCGCAGGAAUGUGGCCUCGGUUUGUAUUGCUUGUGCUUGCCAUCCUUUGUCACAGAGAGAUGUUAGGGGAGGCACUUUUGUGUUCUAUUGUACAGUACAUUAUUCCCCCCACAAAUUCACUGACAGGUGUCUAUGGACAGAUGGGGGGUGUAAAUGGUCCUGAUGUAACAUCAGUUUCUAUUCUCUUUACUGAUUGAGCACCCGAGGAGUUGGGAUCAAAUCUGGUAUGCAAGCAAAAUGUUGCAAUCUAGGAUAGUUUCUCCUCUUGGAGGAAUGUGUUCUAAUGGGCUCUGUCAUAUUGACCUGCCUUUUCCCUGUCUUCUCUCUGUUAAAUUGGACUAAUAAUUCUGACUCACUUUACUGUGUAGGGAAAUUACAAGGUACUAGCAGCCUUGUACCUUUUAAAAUCAAUGGUUAAGAUCAGUGGAGUUUUCAAAGGUUCAGUCCAUUAUCUUGAUUCAAAAUGGCAUCCGAUUUUAUCCCAAGAUAGAGGAAAACCUGCUCCUAGAUUCAGGAACUGUUGUGCAAAAUUUGGUUAUGAUAUCUUAAAGAGGUAUCCAAAUGCAUAGCAAACAACUAACUUUCCAAAAUACAUGAAAAAAUUAAAAAGAUCAGUGGAUAACAUUUCAGAGGCACCAGAUAUACUUUCUGGACCCCUGGAAGUUUGUAGUCGUUAAUACACUCUGGCUUCCCUGAUCACUAAAGCUGGUGUUCAUGAGGGUUAGAAUCAUGGUCAUAUUUGUUUAAAAAUGAAAGUUGGAAGUCCCUGAAAUCUUUGACUGAAUCAGUAAUGAUAAAAUGGGCCCAAGACCUGGGCUAUAAUGUCCUGAUAGAAGUGGGAAAGGCUGUGGAGGGCGGACUUAAAAUUUACCGCCUGUUAUAAUUUAAGAGAAAACAUCUUAAAGGUGAUGUACAGGUGGUACCAAACACCAGAAAAGCUAGCCAAGAUGUACAAGAAUAAAUCAUCCAAGUGCUGGAGGUGUGAUGCCGAAUUAGGAACUCAAAUGCAUAUGUGGUAGAAAUGUCUGGAAAUAUGUAAAUUUUGGAAUAACAUUUAUGAAGAACUUAAGAAAAUGUUAAAAUAUACAAUCAAAAAAAGACCGGAAAUGUUUUUACUUAAUAUAAUACCAGAAGACAUAGAAACCCCAAAUAUUGUUGAUGUAUGGAAUUGUGGCAGCAAGAGUCCUCCUGAUUGCGAGGAAUUGGAAAAAUAAAAAUUUACCCAGUACAACAGAUUGGCAAGUUUUAAUGAAAGAAUAUUCGCAGCUAGCAAAAUUUACUGGAAGAAUUAGAGGACAAAUGAAACAAAAAAUAAAAAUGGAAUGGAGGAUAUUUGAUGAGUAUAUAAAGAAUAAUGGUAUAUUCAAAAUCCUAACGGCAUACUAAGGUUGAACCUAAACUGAAUUUAAGAGAAGAUUAUAUGUAAAUGGAAGAUAAGAAUUGUGUGAUAUAAUAAGGUGAACAUACAGAUAUAAAUGAAUGAUUUUUAUUUUUUCUAGUUUCUGUUCCCCCCGCUUUUUUUUCUUGGGUUUUUUUUGUGAUUGCAUUUCUGGUUGCAUGAUCAGAACUUCAGAAUGUGCUGGUUUUUUUGUCUGUAAUAGUGUAUGUGUAUGUUGAGUGUUUAUGUUUUUAAAGAGAGAAAUUAAUAAAAUUUAUAUUAAAAAAAGAAAUCUGACUAUUGCAGUACACAGAGGAAGUCACACUCUGCAAAUCACAGUACUAUAAUGGCUCUAAGGACAUAAGAGAUUGUAAAGCACUCUGGUUAAUAUGCUAGAUGAAGGAUCUUGGCAAAUGUUUGAUUAACAAUAUUUUUUUUUUACAUUGCUGCCUGUGAAAUUCCUGUUCUCCCCCCCCCCUUUCCCAUCUCCCCAAUAUCUGUUCCUGAUACAUUGCCUACAGCAACAGACUAUUCCUCCACCAGCCAAAUAUGGGGGACGCCAUACUGUGACAAUGAUUCCUGGAGAUGGGAUUGGGCCGGAGCUUAUGCUUCAUGUCAAGGAGCUGUUCAGGCAUGCCUGUGUGCCUGUGGACUUUGAGGAAGUUCUGGUGAGCGCAGAGGGAUCUGAAGAGGACAUGAAGAAUGCUCUCAUGGCCAUCCGGCGCAACCGUGUGGCCCUCAAAGGAAAUAUCGAGACGAACCAUAACUUGCCACCUUCUCACAAGUCUCGGAACAACAUAAUGCGCACAAAUCUGGAUCUGUUUGCUAAUGUGAUUCACUGCAAGAGCCUUCGAGGAGUGGCAACCAGGCACCAUGACAUUGACAUACUCAUAGUCCGAGAGAACACGGAGGGAGAAUACAGCAGCCUGGAGCAUGAGAGUGUCCCUGGUGUAGUGGAGAGCCUGAAGAUCAUCACAAGGACCAAGUCGCUGCGCAUCGCAGAAUACGCCUUCAAGCUGGCGCAAGAAGCUGGGCGCAAGAAGGUGACCGCCGUCCACAAGGCAAACAUCAUGAAGCUGGGUGAUGGCCUUUUCCUGCAGUGCUGCAAAGAGGUGGCAGCUAGCUUCCCAAACAUCACAUUUGAGAGCAUGAUUGUUGACAACACUACUAUGCAGUUGGUGUCCCGUCCACAGCAGUUUGAUGUCAUGGUUAUGCCUAACCUCUACGGCAACAUUGUCAACAACGUCUGUGCUGGACUGGUUGGGGGCCCAGGCCUGGUGCCAGGUGCCAAUUAUGGGCGUGAUUAUGCAGUUUUUGAAACGGCCACGCGCAAUACUGGCAAGAGCAUUGCUGGCAAGAACAUUGCCAACCCCACAGCCAUGCUGCUCGCCAGCUGCAUGAUGCUGGACCACCUCAAACUGCACAGCCAUGCAUCAAUUAUCCGCAAGGCAGUUCUGGCCUCUAUGGACGAAGCAGAAACUCACACACCAGAUAUUGGGGGCCAGGGUACAACCUCAGCGGCUGUUCAGUCCAUCCUGCAACAUGUCAAAAAAUCUAACCCGAACCUGGCACAGUGACAUUCUGAAGCCAAAGAACCAGGCUCAAUAGCCGUUUAAGCUACAACGGAAACAAAUGCCCCUCCUGUCUGCCUAAAAGAAGCCGGAGCAACUCUACCGCCUGUGACUAGAACAGACUGUUCCAUUGCGAACUAGCUAAGCACAAACUCCCAUCUUCUGUAUAUAGUGUGUAAGAUGACAAUUCAUACCCACCUCACUAAAGGGAAAUAAAUGGAAAUGUGAGGCCUA